AUGAAGAGGAAGGGUAGUGCCGCUACUGAUUUGAGGAUUUUCAUGGCAAGGGCUGCUGCAAAGAAGAGACAACCUGAACCGGAGAAUGUUAAUCAAUCUUGCAAUGAAAGUCAAAUGCAAGUAGUGUUAUUCCAAGGACAAAGUGGUAGUGAAACAAGCACGGUACCACCUGAACAUGUGAGAUCUAAUCAGCCACCAAAUGACGGUACAACAGGAAUUGGUGAAUCCAUACCCGUGGAAGAAGAUGAUUCUAGUGAUGAAGACAAGAAUGAUUAUGGCAUUGAGCAUGAUCCUGGAUUGAGAGUUCCGAUCUCAAGCUAUGAUGUCAAUGACCAAGAUUCAGUUAGAAGGGCAUACAUUGCAUUGGGGCCAUGUCAACCAAAGAUGAAGAGGGAUGCUUUUCCGCAACAUGAUUGUGGAGGUAUGCGCCGCUUCCAACAUAAGUGGUUUGCUGAAUUUAAGUGGAUUGAGUACAGUGUGGAUAAAGAUGCUGCAUUUUGCUUUGUUUGCUAUUUGUUCAAAGAUAGCUGCAAAUUUCCUGGUGGAGAUGUUUUUGUUGUUGAAGGGUUUAGAAAUUGGAAUAUGAAAAGGAGAAUUCAUAGGCAUGUUGGUGCUAUCGAUAGUGCUCAUAGUGAAGCUGAAGAGAAAUAUAGAUUGUUCACGAGACCUAAGGCAUCAAUCCGUGAAUCUGUUGCAUCAAACACUUCACAAUUCAAGGCUAAGUAUCUGGCUGGCUUGACAUGGUCACUUAAGUGCAUAAGAUUUCUGUUGCGUCAAGGGUUGGCUUUUAGGGGUCAUGAUGAAACAAAGGAUUCACUCAACAAGGGGAAUUUUCGGGAACUUUUAGCAUGGCUAGCAGGAAACUUUGAAGAGGUUAAUCUGGUGGUACUAGAGAAUGCACCACAAAACUGUCAGAUGAUAGAUCACAAGAUCCAGAAACAACUCAUUGAUGCUUGUGCUCAUGAAACAACCAAAUUUAUCAUAGACGAACUUGGUGAUGAGUGUUUUGCAAUUCUUGCUGAUGAGUCAAGUGAUGCAUACCUAUUGGAACAAUUGGCUCUUUGUUUACGUUUUGUCAAUAAAAAAGGAGAACCAGUUGAGUGGUUUCUAGGUCUUGUCCAAGUUGAAGAUACUACAUCAUUGACUCUUAAAGAAGCAAUUCAGUCCUUGCUUCUGAAAUAUCAAUUGCCCCUAUCCAAGGGAUGUCUUGUAAAAAGAUCCGUAUGCUUCGCAUUGCUCAAGCUGAAUACAUGA